AUGGGCCGUCGGCUCAUCCAUGGUCUCUCUGGAGCCGCGGUCUUCCUUGUCAGCGUGGCUCUCCUCUCCGUGCGGCACCAUGGGGGUCAGGAAACAGCUCGGUACCCAGGGCUCAGGGAGGGGAUUUCAGAGAAGCCAGUGCAACGGAGCAAAGCGAGCCCAGAGGGAGGCGGUGGCAGGGGGCAGAAGGACCUACAAGUCCAUCCUCCAGAGGGAUAUAGGACUGAGGGAAGCCUGACGCUUGGGGACAUUUUCAUAGCUGUGAAGACAACCAAGAGAUUUCACCAGAGCAGGAUGGAGCUGCUCCUGGACACGUGGAUAUCCCGGGCCAGAGAGCAGACCUACGUCUUCACCGAUGAAGAAGAUGAUGCCCUGAAAAGAAGAAUGGGUGACCACGCCAUCUUCACCAACUGUUCUGCUGAGCACAGCCACUUGGCCCUCUCCUGCAAGAUGGCUGCCGAGUUCGAUGCCUUCCUGGCCAGCGGCCGGAGCUGGUUUUGCCAUUUGGAUGACGACAAUUACCUGAACCCUCGGGCCCUCCUGAAGCUCUUGUCCUCCUACUCUGCGACGUGGGACGUUUACCUGGGGAAACCCAGCCUGAACCGACCCAUCCGGGCCUCCGAAACGCUGCCAAACAACCAGACGAAAUCUGUGCACUUCUGGUUUGCCACGGGAGGGGCUGGGUUCUGCAUCAGCCACAAGCUGGCAAGCAAGAUGGUGCCGUGGGCCAGUGGCCGGAACUUCCUGAGCACUUCAGAGCUCAUUCGCCUACCGGAUGACUGCACUGUGGGUUACAUCAUUGAGUGCAAAGUCGGUGGGCAGCUGCUGCCCAAUGCGCUCUUCCACUCCCACCUGGAGAACCUGCAGCUCAUCCCCCCAUCUCGGCUCACGCAGCAGGUCACCCUCAGCUACGGUGUCUUUGAGAACAAGCUCAAUGUUAUUGAACUCAGCGGCCCCUUCUCACCCCAAGAGGAUCCCUCAAGGUUUCGAUCACUCCACUGCCAUCUCUAUCCCGACACCUCCUGGUGCCUGCAGGCUGUUGGCUGGUGA